GGGCAGAAGAGGAUCGGCCAGGAGGAAAAGGGCAGGUGACCUGCACAACUGAACUGCAACUUGCAUUCGAUGCACAGGGAAAGACCUUCUCAUGGGAAUAAUUAAACGUGGAACACUGCAAUGGAGCUGUGUAAGAAAAGACCUCCUCCUGAGGAGGAGCGCAGGGUGAGGGCCAACGCUCGGGAAUACAACGAGAAGUUCCAAUAUGCGAACAAUUGCAUCAAGACCUCGAAGUACAACAUUAUCACCUUCUUGCCUGUCAACCUCUUCGAGCAGUUCCAGGAGGUGGCCAACACCUAUUUCCUGUUCUUGCUGAUACUCCAGCUCAUCCCGCAGAUUUCCUCGCUGUCCUGGUUCACCACCAUUGUGCCUUUGGUCCUAGUCUUGACCAUCACUGCCGUCAAAGACGCCACGGACGACUACUUCCGCCACAAGAGUGACAAGCAAGUGAACAACCGGCAGUCCCUUCUCCUCAUCAACGGCAGGCUCCAGAAGGACAAAUGGAUGCACGUGAGGGUGGGCGACAUCAUUAAGCUCGAGAACAACCAGUUCGUGGCGGCUGACCUGCUUCUGCUUUCCAGCAGUGAGCCGCACGGUCUGUGUUACAUCGAGACGGCAGAACUGGACGGGGAAACCAACAUGAAGGUGAGACAGUCGUUGUCAGUCACGUCAGAACUGGGAGACACCAACAAGCUGGCCGAGUUCGAUGGUGAGGUGAUCUGUGAGCCCCCCAACAACAAGCUGGACCGAUUCACGGGGACCCUGCGCUGGAGAGCGAGCGAGAUCCCGCUGGACAACCGCAACGUGUUGCUGCGUGGCUGUGUGCUGCGCAACACAGAGUGCUGCUUUGGGCUGGUGCUCUUCGCAGGCCCGGACACCAAACUGAUGCAGAACAGUGGUCGUACCAAGUUCAAACGGACCAGCAUCGACAGGCUGAUGAAUACCCUGGUUCUCUGGAUCUUUGGAUUUCUGGUCUGCAUGGGAAUCAUCCUUGCCAUCGGGAAUUCCAUCUGGGAGCACGAGGUCGGGAACCUCUUCCAGAUCUACCUGCCCUGGGACCAGGGCGUCGACAGUGCCUUCUUCUCCGGUUUCCUGUCGUUCUGGUCUUACAUCAUCAUCCUGAACACGGUGGUCCCCAUCUCACUGUACGUGAGCGUGGAGGUAAUCCGCUUGGGACACAGCUACUUUAUCAACUGGGACAAGAAGAUGUACUGUGGCUGGAACGACACAGCUGCUGAAGCCCGGACCACCACACUGAGCGAGGAGCUGGGCCAGAUCGAGUACAUCUUCUCCGACAAGACCGGCACUCUCACCCAGAACAUCAUGACCUUCAACAAGUGCUCCAUCGGCGGCAAGACAUACGGAGAUCUGAGCGAUCAGAUAGGACACAAGCACGACGUGAGGGAGAGGAGGCCGGUGGUGGAUUUCUCAUUCAACGCCCUGGCGGACCCAAGCUUCUCCUUCCAGGACCCGUCACUGCUGGAGGCUGUCAAAUUGGGUGAUGCCGAGGUCCAUGAGUUCUUCCGGCUGCUCGCCCUCUGCCACACUGUCAUGUCCGAGGACAAGGAGGAGGGAGAGCUGUACUACAAGGCACAGUCCCCGGACGAGGGGGCGCUGGUUACCGCCGCACGCAACUUCGGGUUCGUGUUCCGCUCAAGAACGCCCGGCACGGUGACUCUGAGUGAACUGGGACGGGACGUCACCUACCAGCUGCUCGCCAUCCUCGACUUCAACAACAUCCGCAAACGCAUGUCCGUCAUUGUGAGGACCCCGAAGGGGAGGAUCCGCCUGUACUGUAAGGGCGCCGACACCAUCCUGUUCAAGCGGCUGCACGGUUCCAAUCACCGGCUCAUGAACGUCACCCUGGAGCACCUCAACGAGUUUGCGAGCGAGGGUCUGCGGACACUGGUGCUGGCGUUCCGUGACCUGGAGGAGGGGGUGUACGCACAGUGGGCGGAGAGACACCGGAAUGCUCAGUUGGCAAAGGAGGACCGCGAGGAACGGCUCGCCGCUGUCUACGAGGAAAUCGAGCAAGAGAUGAUGCUGCUGGGAGCCACAGCCAUUGAGGAUAAGCUCCAGGAGGGGGUCCCAGAGACCAUCGCCAUCCUCACACUGGCCAACAUCAAGAUCUGGGUGCUGACUGGUGACAAGCCCGAGACGGCGGUGAACAUCGGCUACUCCUGCAAGAUGCUGACGGAUGACCUGGCUGAGGUUUUCCUGCUGUCAGGAAGCACCGUCCACGAAGUCCGCGAGGAGCUGCGUCAUGCCCGCCAACGGAUGCGCGACUCCUUCCGCUCCAUCAACGGCUUCAGCUCCUCGGAGAAGCUGUCCUCGCCCCACCUCACCUCCGUGGUGGAGGUAGUGCCUGGGGAGUGUGCCCUGGUCAUCAGUGGGCACAGCCUGGCCCACGCCCUAGAGGCGGACAUGGAGCUGGAAUUCCUGGAGACGGCCUGUGCCUGCCGUGCCGUCAUCUGUUGCCGGGUAACGCCCCUGCAGAAGGCCCAGGUGGUGGAGCUGGUGAAGAAGCACAAGAAGGCGGUGACGCUGGCCAUCGGCGAUGGCGCCAACGAUGUCAGCAUGAUAAAGACUGCUCACAUCGGAGUGGGGAUCAGCGGGCAGGAAGGGAUCCAGGCCGUGCUGGCGUCCGACUACUCGUUCUCGCAGUUCAAGUUGCUGCAGCGGCUGCUGCUGGUCCACGGCCGCUGGUCCUACCUGCGAAUGUGCAAGUUCCUCUGCUAUUUCUUCUACAAGAACUUCGCCUUCACCAUGGUCCACUUCUGGUUCGGCUUUUUCUGCGGCUUCUCCGCCCAGACUGUGUACGACCAGUACUUCAUCACGCUGUACAACAUUGUCUACACGUCCCUUCCUGUACUGGCCAUGGGGGUCUUUGAUCAGGAUGUCCCGGAGCAGAGGAGCCUACAGUACCCAAAGCUCUACGAACCGGGACAGCUGAACUUGCUCUUCAACAAGCGGGAGUUCUUCAUCUGCAUAGCGCAGGGGAUUUACACCUCCACCGUCCUCUUCUUCAUCCCCUACGGGACCUUCGCCGACUGCACGCGCAAUGACGGCAGUCACAUGGCCGACUACCAGUCCUUCGCAGUCACCGUGGCAACCUCGCUGGUGAUCGUGGUGAGCGUGCAGAUAGGACUGGACACUGGGUACUGGACGGCAAUCAACCACUUCUUCAUCUGGGGGAGCCUCGCCAUGUACUUCGUCAUCCUCUUUGCUAUGCAGAGUGGCGGCCUCUUCGAAAUAUUCCCCAACCAGUUUCCAUUCGUAGAAACCUUGUCUCUGUGUAAAGACUCUCCUGGAUACCAGUUCCCCGUUCGUGGCGUUGCUAACGCUUCACAACUCCGCCUCUGCGCCUGCGUUCUGCACUUGGGUUCGUCCCCAGCCACGUCCUUGCAACAGAACGAAUUGGUCAAGAAUGAACCCAGCGGACACGGACCCCGUGCAACUGCCCCUCGCCAGCCAGGGCUACCUACUGAGCGCCCACGACCAGCUGCUCAGAGAGGUCACAGAAAACCUUUGUGCGCUGUCCACGAAUGUGAGGAAGCCAACGCCAACAACACCCUGGGGCAGCCGGUGGUCUGGCUCACCAUAGCCCUCAGCACCGUCAUCUGCAUCAUACCCGUCAUUGCAUUCCGCUUUCUCAAGCUCGACCUGCAGCCCCAGCUGGCAGACACGGUCCGCUACACCCAGCUGGUACGCAAGAAGGCCAAGCCGUCGCACCGCUGCCUGCGCCGGACGGGCAGGGGGGACUCGCGCCGUUCCGGCUACGCCUUCUCCCACCAGGAGGGCUUCGGCGAGCUCAUCACCUCCGGCAAGAACAUGCGGCUGCCGGGCCUGGGGCUGGGCCUGGGCCCGAGCUGGAUCGACACCAUCCGCCGCCGGAGAUCCGAGCUGGCUGCCUCGCCCGGUGCCAGCCCUGUCUCCGUUGAGCAGGCCCCAGCCGCCGGCGAGGAGGCCUCUGUGUAGGGGCUGGGAUCAUGGAGUGGGCCCUAAGGGGAGAAUAACUCCAGCCAGAUCAGAGGAGUGGGCAGGGCCUGUUACCAGCGAUUGGAGCCUGCAAGGGUUGAGGAGUGAAGCUUUCUCUCUGCCUCCCGCUCUCCCUCCGCUUAUUCUCCCUUGCUCUCUCCCCUCCCCAUUUGGUUCCACCUUCUAUUUCUGCCACUCUCUUCCCCCCUCUCCCCUUCUCUAUUCUGCCUUUCCACCCUCCCCUUUCCCUUCUCUCUCACCGUCCCCUUCUUUCUCUGGGGAGAUCAGCCUGAGGUCGAGGAGUGGAGUCUCAUACCACUUGUCCUCUCUUCCCUCUCUCUCUCUCCCUCUCUCUUGCUAUCUCUCUCUCUCUCACUCUAUCUCUCUCACUUUCUCUCUCCCCUUCUCCUUCUCCCGCUCUGCUGCUCCAUUUUUUCCCCUGUCUCUUGUCCCCCACCCCCCAAGCCCCCAGCUCACGGGGUUCUCUAGCCCGGAAGUGCUUUCUCCACCGCGACGGGGCCCGCCGUCCCCCAGCGCUGCUGCCUCCGCACGGUGGAUAUCACUUCGUCCCCAGUGCUGUUCGCUCACAAGCUCACUCCCAGCCACCGUGACCAAAGCCGGCUACCGCGCGGGCGGGGCGCGCUGCCGAAUGGGGGUGGGGGGGGUGUACCCACACCAGGGAGUGCAGAUUACCCACCCCUCAGGGCCCGGGUGUGGGCUCGGGGGGGAGUACCCGCACCAGGGAGUGCAGAUUCCCCACCCUUCGGGGCCCGGGUGUGGGUGGUGCUGGCCUCCAGUGAGCUGUCUCCUGUUCCCGACCAAUGUCCGUACCCCGUUUCCCAGAGUGAGGGCAGAAACCCAGCCAUUCCCAUUCUCCCCACGCCCUUGGUCACCAAGAGCAAGUGCACGCACACACCCACAUACACACACUGUCACAUACACAGUCACACACACAGUCACACACACAGACACGCACACUCACACACACACACACUCACACUCACACCCACACACUCACACACACAAACACCCCCACACACACACUCUCCCACACACACAGUCUCACACACAAACACAUACUCUCACGCACACACACACGGCUGCCAUGGUACACAGUAGUUAAGGUGACGAUGUUACAGCUCAGGGCAUUGUGGAGUUUGGAGUUGAGAGUUCAAUUCCAGUGCCGUCUCUACGGAGUCUCUGUGUUCUCCUGUGUGGGUUUCCUCCGGGUGCUCCGGUUUCCUCCCACAGUCCAAGGAUGUACCGGUUAGUAGGUUAAUUGGUCAUUGUAAAUUGUCCUGUGAUUAGGCUCGGGUGGAUUGGGGUUGUUGGGGACGAUGUGGUUGGAAGGGACAGAAAAGCCUGCUCCGUGCUGUAUAAGUAAACAGAUGCAACGGGCAGACACGCGCACGCUCGCUGUAGAAACGGCGACAUCAUCAGAUUGUGUCGUGGGAGAACAUCAAAACACAGAGAACCCUCACGAACUUGACAAAUCGCUCCAGGGGCUUCAACUGGUCCAACCCUCGUCACCCAUUUAACCCCCUUGGGAGCCGAUCUCCGAAUCCGGAACAAACCCACGGCCUGCACCAUUGUAGGCAAUGACUAUGUUAGUCAUCCAUCUUGGGCUGACAGAGAUGGGCCCCAAGGGCCCGAAGACUGGACGCCCCAGUAUUAAGGCCUGGACUUCGGCCGAAUUUAGAAAAACAGAGCCACUGUUUUGCUCUAUUGUUGAGUAACAAUAUUAGACAAAGCCACUGUGAUACCAACUAUUCUUUCUACAUCCUUCAUCAGCACAAGUUUAUUUUGUAAGUUAUAAAAACAUCCAGCAAGAAGUCACCCUGAACACAAGAUGGUGGACAAGCAUGACAUGAAAUGUUUACAUAGAGACUUUUUGUAAAAAAACAGCAGGAAUGGUCACAGAAAAAAAUGGUUAGUGACAUUUUUUCUAUAUAAAUAUAUUAAGAAAAAGAAGUAUGUUUUCCUUUUUAAAAAAGCCAUUGCUUAUUUUGUGUUUUUUUUUGUAACACCGGCUAUUAAGUUUGGGGCAUCUGACCAUUCUUUGUCUCACUCACUUGGCCGACGAGGUCACAGGUCAAAUGGUACUCAAGGAACUGUGAUUAACUGAGCUGGACACACGUUAUUUUCACGUUUUGUUCAUUUGAGAUGCUAGCAGGGCUGUAUAUACACAGAUAUAUUAUAUAAAUAUAUAUAUAUAUAUAUAAAUAUAAAAACAUUUCCAUAAUUU